CUGCAGUCAAUGCCACACUUGACGGCGACUAUCAACAACGUCAGCAACGUCUUCGACUGCUUGGGCCAGCUGGGGAAGAGCCAUGAAGCUAAGCAACGCAAACAUUCCAUUAAUGAUCCAUGAGCUACGCAGGCCUGCGGCCCAGCUGCUGCCUCUGCUGCUAUUGCUAUCCAUAACAAUGAGCGCGACGACGGCGAUAAUGGAGCUGCCAAUGAGUGAGCUGCCGCUGGGCACGCCCCUGCGCCAGCAGCACGGCCAAAGCAAUUACCACGAGCCGGGCGCUGAGGCGCUACCAGGAUUAGCUGGAUAUGGGACGAGUGCACGACAUUAUUACGGGGCAGCCAGUGCAGCGGGCUUUGGCGAUGGCGAUGGCCAAGGUGACUUGGCACCAACAGCAUAUGCAAAUUAUGAACGAAAAGCCAUCAGUGGUCUGGCUGGCAUCGCCCAUGGCUUUGUGCCACACAGCUACAGCUACAGCAACAACAACAACAAUGGAAUGCAGUCGGGAUACUUGGAUCGGGGCAAAAUCGAUUUUGUCAUUAAUGCGGCAAAUUAUGAGUUGACUGCCAAUGAAGAGCAACACCAGCAGCAGCAACACCAACAGCAGCAGCAGCAGCUCCAGCCUGACGUCUACUAUCAGAGCUAUGCGCAGUCGCCCAUGAAGCGGAAGCAGCUGCAGCAGGAGGAGCCCUCACACUCAGCCAGACCCUCAUCCUCACAGCUGCACCAGGAGGAUCAGCAGCUGCUCUACUCUCAGGCGGAGCAACACAUUGUCGACAUGCCCCACCCCAACGCGCUGCCUCCGAUCACAACGACGGUGCAUCACACGCCCUCGAGCAGCAGAGCCAUCGCCGGGCUGCCGCUCUCCAAGCACAUCGAGGUCACGAAGCACGUGCCCAUCACGCACUACCAGCAGAUCCACGUGCCCUACAAGCAGCCGCUGCAGCUGCGCAUACCUCGGCCCGUGAUCACAGCCAUUCCGAAGCCGAUUCCCAUCCGCAUACCCGUCACCAAGGCCGUGGCCGUGCCCCAGCUGCAGGAGGUGAAAAUACCCGUCGAGAAGGUCCGGCCCGUGCCGGUCGAGCGACCCGUUCCGUAUGUCGUCGAGCGCCAAGUGCCCUACCGGGUGGAGAAGCCCAUCGCCACGCCCAUCUUCUACCCGUACCCGGUCAAGGUGCCCGUCAUACGCACCGUGGUCCACAAGCAGCGCCCCCAAUACACCAUCACCGCCCAGCCCCUGACCCCACUCGCUGGCUGGCAGUCGCCCAAUCAUCUACUGGGAUAAGUCCAGCGAAAAUUAUAAUGUUUACCAGAGCUCCUCUCUUAUAGAUGCAUACUUGAUAUGUUCGUUUCAUCUUUGAUAAUAUAUUUGAUAUAGACAGAAACUGACAAGUAAGAAAACGCCAAUCGGGCUGGCCGACUAACAGAUACCCUGACCCCGAAAAUCUAACUAGAAUCAAACAUAAAACCAACUGCGGAGACUGUAGACCCAAAGAAAUAGUAGACAUAGUUUAACAACUACAUUGCGGUAAUGUUCUUAUCAAUAACAUAAGAUUAACAUUCGAACAACAACAGUGUUUUCAGUAUUGAUAAAC